CUUCCCGGAUCUCCCCAUCAGCUUUGCUUCCACAUCCGGGAGGAACGCCUUUGGGGAUUAUCCUCACCUAAAGUCUGCGAGCGAUCCGGAAACUGCGCUAUUGGGCUUACUCUUCUCGAUUAUAUAUUAGAGGCUAAUAUUCCUAUGCCUCGGAGUACUGCGUAAUCGUGCAAGUGGCCACCUGAGGACUCAGGUCUAUUUGCAUACAAGAGUUAACAAAAGUGGGUUAGAUGGUGAACUUUUCAUGACACCGGGUAUCUUAUCAACCCUGCAUCUAUUUUCUUGCUUCUUAUAAAGUCGUCUCCGUUGUGGGGGGUAUAUUUCACACUUCGGUCACUUUCAGGGCUCUUACUUUAUCAUUCAGUAUUCUUGAGUAUAGAAAUGAUGUUCGGUGAAGGGUAUUCUGCAGAAGAUAAAGGUUCGUUGAAACUGGGGAGAGACGUUGAAGCCAGACAUGCCUCACUCAAUCAUGGAACUGCGAUAGAUUCCCGGCGCGCCGAAGUAGAUUUGCCUGAAGCAAUCAAGUUCGGAAAGGCUACAUGGGGCCUUUCUAGCAGGCAACUCCAGCUUAAAGCAAUUGGGGACUCGACAGGCACCGGCCUAUUCUGGCUGCUAACUCGAGGUGAUCAAAAUGCUCCCGCUGAGGCUGGACCUUGGUUGGUGUUUCUUGCGUAUUACUUCGCUCUCCUUCCGAGUAUUGGGGGGGGGAGUCGAAUUAGGAGCAUAUCGCUGCUCAGGCGUUGGGCGAACGGUGCUCUCAGCCCUGAUGCGGGAUUACGUAUUAGUGUGGGGCUAAGGCGUUUGUCUGUAUUGACCUCGUUGCUUGGUCUGAUCUGAGUCCUGGCAUCCAGAUUACAGUUGCCCUUGGUCUUUCGAUUCCACUAAAUUGCUUUGCCGUGCGGUACUCCGAUGCUGGAAGGAUCCGCCUAAUGAGGGGAUGCCUGGUUGAAGGCACUACUGGAAGAUUUCUAAGCAUUUGGUCCUUUCUGAUAUACGCAGCGUUUGCCCGAGUUUUCAUAUUGAGCUAGAAUUGGGUGACCUAUAUCGGUAUGAGGGCAGCAACAUCAAUACUUCCAAUGAAUGACAUAGGCCCCGAUAUAUUAAUAAUGAUCUGGGGGAGUCCAGAAUCCACGCAAAAUUAUCCCCAUCGCAGUUAAAAAAGUCUAUAUUAGUCUCUAAGUUACCAUUUCUAUGUCAUGGGCAUGCUAUAUGUAGGUAUUACCUAACUUACAACCUUAUCCCAACCACCUCAACCUAGGCUACCAUCAUUCCGCCUUCUUAACACCCCAUAUGUCAGUAUUACAGAUAUGUCUAUUCUGCGAGGCGAACUCGAUACGCUUUAGCACGAAUCAACAAAACGCCCAAAGCACCCAAAAGGUGCCUGGGCGCUGGUGUUCCGAUAUAUUGUGUGCUCCCUACCGCACUUAUCUCGUUGAUAUCAACUCUUGAGCGUUAUCAGCUCUACUAACCCUAUACUCGGUUGGAAUUAUAUAUCUCAUCCGAACUACAGAUAUGGUACCAUAAGCUUAACUAACGUGUGGGGUGCAUGUAGUUUGUUAACUCCAGCACUGCUAACUUCUUACUAUCAUACAUGAUUAUUCCCACAACACACAUCCGGCCCAGAAUGAGUGGGCUCUGAAGUCC